CAAACUCCUUCCCUUUGAACGCCUCCUUUCUUCUUUUUCCAAACCGCCCUUUAUCAUCGAGUUUCAUCUCCUUUCUGUCAUUCACCGCGUCGCCCACAUCGUAACUUCAUCAUUUUCACCUCACUCACCUGCCUGCAUCAUCUUCCCAGCUCUUUUGACAUCUCUCACCUUUAGCUCGUACAUACGUGUACACGUGCUCGUUCGCGAGUCGCAACGCUCUGGACACGAUCGCUUGGCUGUGCUCCAGCUGUAGGCGGGAUUCUCCUGUGGGUGCCUGUGUACGCUCGCAAGUCCGUAGUGACACGAUCAGGAGUCCGCUUAAGACAUCACUUUUUUCCAUACGUUGGGAGGCCAAGAUUUUUGAGAAUCUUCUGAUAUCUCACUCUUAAGAAACCAUCACAAUACUCUAUCAGCACUCAGUACGGGAUCCCCCGGUAGAAACGGCCUGAUCCCUGGUAUCCUCCGGCAGCCGGUGACCUCUAUCUAUCGGAGGCGAUAAUCAAGCACCCUUGGACCACAUUUCUUCCGUUCUUUUUUCCGUACUGGAACCGGGUUACCAACCCUAAUAAUACUCCGCCCACCAUGUCUUCUGCUGUAGCAGAACUGGAUAGCUAUCUCCAGUCUAUGCUUGCUCUUAAACCCCCGGGUGUUUCGGGUUCUAAGAUCAACAGUAUCACCUCGCUUUGUACGGCGAACGUUCAGAACGAAUCCGUCCUCAUCCAGAAGAUCUAUACACACUUCAAAAAGACACCAGGAACACACAAAUUGGGCGUACUCUAUGUCGUAGACUCUGUAACUCGACAGUGGGUAGAAGCAGCGCGCAAGGCAGGACAGCCGCCUGGCAGUGCCGCUCCGGACGGAACCUUUGCCGCUGGCGUUAACAGAGUGACCGAAUUAUUACCUGUCUUGAUGACUGAUAUCAUAAACAAUGCUCCCGAAGAUCAAAAGGUACGCUCUAGAUGCAAUAUGCGAAGAAUCGUCGAAUUUCCACGAGACUUGCGGUCAUGCAUAGGGCCAGUAAGACGCGGUGAUCUCUUCGUGGAUCCCGUCCUGGCCUUUAUAAGUCUUGAUCUACGUAUCUCCCGCUAUAUACUCCCCAUUCUCUGCAUAGAACCGGCCCCGUGGCGAAUAGUGCAACUUACGUAUUGGCAUGUGUCUUCAUAUAGGAAAAAAUCAGGAAACUGGUUGAUAUCUGGGAGCGUGGAUACACCUUUCCCGCUCCUAUGCUUACCUCCUUCAAGGACAAACUAAAUGCGCCCGCAUCGCACAAUGUGGAAUCCACGACUCCUGAAGGGUCUCCGGCCCCGAACUAUAUCCCGCUUGGAGGUCCGCAGCAGCAGCAGCAACAACAGCAGCAAGCGGCUAAUGGUGCAAGCUCGUCGACCCCUGCUCAAUCAGCCCCCGACACCUCCAGUAUCCUGAAGGCCCUGGCGGACAUGGCUAAGCAGAACACCGCAGCGCCGGCGCCGGCGCCGCCAGUGGCGCCGCCGACUAACCCUCUUCAUGCCCUGGGCCAGCCGAGUACCGUUGCGCCUCCCAUGCCGCCAUCCGUAGACCCGGCUUCCCACCCUUCCAACGGGCAGGCUGGCGUAAAUCCUUAUGCUGCGGGAGUGAUGGGAACGCCGUUCGCGGCUUUGGGGAGUGUCCCCGGUGCGAACCCGGCGCUGGUCCAGCCGCAGAGCCAGAGCCAGACUCCCAAUCCGCUGGGCGCCGCGCCAAACCCACUGGCGGCGCUACUGCCGCAGGCCACUGCAGCACCGACUCAGCAGACGCCCUCGAUGGCGCCGGAUCCUCUGCAGCAGCAGCUCCAGCUGUUGCAGGCCUUGGCCGCGCAGGGAAUCCCGCAAGAGCAGUGGCUCCCCGCCCUGCAGCUCCUGACCAACAUGACAGCCGGCCAGGCGCCGGGCGGCUUCAGCAUGCCGGGCCAGAACGUCAAUGCCAAUGCCUGGGGCCCCCGUCCCGACUCGCAGGCACGUGACUUUGACCGCGACCCGCGCGACUUCAUGCGCUCCCCGCCCGGUCAGUAUCACCGCGGUCGUUCUCGCUCGCCCGGCUGGGACCGUCGUCCCUCCCCCCCUCGUCGCCGUGACAGCCCCGUCUACGGCGAGUAUCAUGGCGACUCGCCCGGUCGCCGCGCCGGGGAUCCGCGUGGCCGCCGCGCCAACGACUAUCGUCAACGCAGCCCUCCCGGCCGCAGACGUCGCUCUCCUUCCCCCCGCAAGGACCCAGCCUUGCCUCCUCCCGGCAAGAAGAUCAUCGAGUGGGACUAUUCUAUCGGUCAAAACAACAUCAAAGGUGUGUGACCCUGACGGAAUUGUGGCCUCCCUCCAACGACCCCCCCCCCACAAAAUGGCUAACCCUCCAACCCUGCGCAGUUCUGAGCCGUACCCUGUUUGUCGGCGGUGUCACGUAAGUUCCUCAAUCGCUAUGGCAUCCCUAAAUUCCAUCGUUCGUUUCCACUAACUGCACUGGCCUUCAGGUCCUCGGAAUCUGCCCUUCGCGGGCUCUUUAGCAAGUUCGGUAUCGUUCAGACCUGCAUUGUCAACAUCGACAAACGUCAUGCCUUCAUCAAAAUGAUCAGCCGCGAAGACGCCAUCCGUGCUCGCGACGGCAUGGAAUCGUACAGGUCGGGCGAGAUGCAGCUUCGA